UUGAACUCAGGUCCUAGUGAGACCCAAUCUCAAAAUAAAGAAACAAAGGACUGGGGACCUAGCUCUCAUCUCUCAUGGAUAGAUAGAUAGAUAGAUAGAUAGAUGAAUACAGAGUUUUAUGGAUAUAUAGAAGUCUAUGAUGCUUCAGAGCUGGAGGCAAAGCACGGGGUGCAGCUGUGCCAGUUGCCUCCUAGGCCAUGUCCAAACAGGGUGUGUUCAGAUGGAAUUUCCGGGGUCACAGCUGGAGACAGCAAGCUGAUGCUUCGCCUUGGAGAUGGAGCAUGCCUCUUCUGUUGGCUGGCAGGACUGAGGAUGUGGCAUUUGAGUGGCUACACUGCUCUGUGGCACCACCACCUCUUGUCUCUCCUACUUGAGCAGCCUCUGAUUGUGCCACUGAGGGGUACACCUCUCACAAGGGCCACCGCAGGCCUUUCGCUCCUGCCUUAUGCUCACCUGUAGGCACUGAGGAGGCCGUCACAUUGGUGCUUUCCCUGGCCCUCCUGCUCCGUGCACCACACUGGUACCAACGAUUUGGUGGCCUCCAUGGACAGGUGCACCCAAACUGCUAUUAAAAAGCUGAGUGUCUUCCACCUAUCAAGCCUCCACUUCCUUGCUUGAUGCUUCCAAGAAAGGGCCUUGGUUUUGGUCAUUCUUAUCAAGGUGCUGAUAGCCUUUCUGUUGCAAGGGUUCCUGGACACUCAGUUCAGAAGCUGCAAGGGCUGGCGAGGGCUCCUGUACAAGAUACUGGGAUGGGCUUGUCCGUGGCGGCCCCUAGCACUCCUAGCUCCCUUCUCAUCCUUACCUCCUCGCUGGGCUUGCAGUUUGCCCUUUUAUGUGCUAAGGGGCAACUGGGUUCAGUACAGGACCUCUGGAGAAAGUUGGGGCCCAGGAAUGAGCAGAAGGAACAUGCACAGUUCCCCAGUGGAUAAGACUCUCAUCAAUGUUAACCAUUACCCUGUGGCCUCUACCACAGCGUCUUCAAGGAGGCGGGACUUGGGAGGGGGUAGGUGGGUCAGCUGGUUACAAUGGACCUUGUCCCUAGCCCAAGCACUGGGUCACUGAUCCAACUAUGGAGGCAGCUGCAGGUAGGAGGCCGGGAAUAUCCUCUGGAGGGUGCUUAGGGCAGUUGGGGUUGGUGGGCAGAUUUGGAGGCUUUGGGACUAGGGGACACCUGAUGUUGGGGCUUGGAGCCCUCAGGCAAAUACCAAGACGUUAGGAGGAAAGAAGUGAGUUGGUGUUUCUGUUUACUUGGCCCACACCCUGUACUGAUAUGCUCAGAUUUAUGAGCUACAACUUGGAGGGAAGGUUAGGGGAAAGACAUUACCCUGCCUGUAUGAGAUUCAUAAAAAAAAAAAAAAGAGAGAGAGAGAGAGAGAGAACCCUUUUGUAGUUGAACAGGGGAAACAUUUGGUUUGGGGUUCCCCAAGUCCUGUCAGUUUAUGAGCACAGAAGAGGUGGGGGGGGAGGGGAGCUGCCUUUCUUUUCACCUACUUCUUUGUCCAGUAGAUCUUCAGGACACAGCGUCAUUAUCUCUGAAGUUUAAGUUUAACCCAAAGUUGGGCAUUGACAAUCCAGUCCUCUCCUUGGCCGAAGACUACAACUCCUCUGAUCCCUGGAACUUGGAGAGGCCUCGCUUCUGUCUGCUGAGCAAAGAGGAGGGCAAGAGUUUUGGUUUUCACCUGCAGCAGAAGCUGGGCAGGACUGGGCACGAGGUGUGCAGGGUGGAGCCAGGCACCUCUGCUCAUCGCCAAGGUCUCCGGGAAGGAGACCAGAUCUUGGCGGUGAACAACAAUGUCGUGGAACAUGAGGACCAUGUGGUGGUGGUGCGUUACAUCCGGGCCAGUGGUCCCCGGGUGUUGCUGACCGUCUUGGCGAGGCAUGUGUAUGACGUGGCCCGAGCUCAGCGGGGGAACGAUGCCCACCUCUGUCCUGUCCUAGGCUCAAGGGUCCGGCCCCGGCUGUGCCAUAUAGUGAAAGAUGAGGGUGGCUUUGGCUUCAGUGUCACCCACGGAGCCCAGGGUCCUUUCUGGCUGGUGCUGAGUGCAGGCGGAGCAGCCGACCGCGCAGGGGUGCCCCCAGGGGCCCGGCUGCUGGAAGUGAAUGGAGUCAGCGUGGAGAAGUUCACAUAUAACCAGCUCAGCAGGAAGCUUUGGCAGAGUGGAAAGCAGGUGACUCUGCUGGUAGCAGGGCCAGAGGUGGAGGAACAGUGUCGCCAGCUGGGAAUGCCCCUAGCUGCACCUUUAGCAGAGGGCUGGGCACUGCCUGCCAAGCCCCGUUGUCUGCACCUGGAGAAGGGGCCCAACGGCUUUGGGUUCCUUCUCCGGGAGGAGAAGGACAUUGAUGGUCGCCUUGGGCAGUUCCUGCGGGAGGUGGACCCAGGGCUGCCGGCCGAGAAGGCCGGGAUGCGGGCAGGGGACCGGCUGGUGGCUGUGGCUGGGGACAGCGUGGAGGCGCUGGGCCAUGAGGAGACAGUGUCCAGGAUCCGGGAGCAGGGCUCUCACGUUUCCCUCAUUGUUGUCGACCCUGAGGCUGACCGCUUCUUCCGCAUGGUUCGCCUGUCCCCACUCCUCUUCUUGGAGAUUACAGAGGAUGCUGCCUUCCUCCAGGCCACAGACUUGACCUCUCCGGUUGAGAGUGAGAACCAACCAGUGGAGCACAGAGCUACAUCUCGUGGUCUUCCUGGCUCAAGCCGGUGCUUCCUGUACCCUGGGCCCGGAGGUGGCUAUGGCUUCCGACUCAGCUGUGUGAGCAGGGGGCCUUGUCUCUUCAUCUCUCAGGUGACCCCAGGAGGCUCAGCUGCCAGGGCAGGGCUGCAAAUGGGAGAUAUGGUUCUGGAGUUGAACGGGUAUCCUGUGGGUGGUGACAGUGACCCCGAAAGGCUCCAGCAGCUGGCCGAAGCUGAACCACCCCUCUGCCUGACACUGGCAGCUAGGUCUCAAAAGGGCUUGGAUGCCUGGAUUCCCCCAGGGUCUGGAGAGGACUGGUCUCUGGCCUCAGAUCUGCUAUAGAAGCACUCUGUUUAGCACAGAUCUACCAGAUCUGCAGGCAGCUUCCCGUCUGCCUUCCGCAGCCUGAGGUGGUGGGAACAGAGAUGCUCAAAGCUGGGAGUUGGAGGACUCCAAAGUAUCAGUGCUGGGACUUCCCAGGGUGCCCUCCCCUUCUAUGGGCUCCUGUCCAGCCGAGGAGGUGGUCAGGGGAAGUGAAGAAGACCUGUGAGGAAACUUGGGAACGUCGUGGAACUCUGCAGAGCCACACACCAGGAUGAAGUUCUGCCUGAGCAGGGGCCACUGUGGGACUGGCUAGGAUUAAAACCAUUUGGAAGCUGGCCUAGAUCUCACUCCAGUGUAAUACAAGAAUUUGGACAGCAGUUAUACUCUCCCCUGUGGACGCCUGAGAAUUGUGAGGGCAGGUGCCUACUUACUACCAUGUCUUGCCAUAGAAUAGCCUCCUCCUGUAAAUCCA